AUGUCUUUUUUAUGGUCCAUCGAGAGACUCAAUGCCAGAUUACUAUGCUUGGAUAUGGCACCAAGACUUGGGAACCUGCUACAUACUAUCGACACCUACUGGGCGUUUCAUGGGGUACCAUAUUGGGAGAAGGAAUGGAGGCGUCUAAAAAAGAAACAACUGGGCGGUAAAGCUCAUGUGGUUGCUGCCGCCACUUUUGUGGUUGACGUCACCACUGGACAUGGCCACCUGAUCGCUACUCCUACUUUGACUAUGACCGCGAUCUCAAGCAUUCCAACACCUCUUGAACCUAUGUUGCCUCCAGGGGCUACUGACCGUAUGACGUAUAAUUUUGCUUUAUUCUCUACUACUCUUCCCCCUCAUCUUGAUCAUGUUCUAACUGCUAAUAAUGCUCAUGCUCUUGUCACAGGGGCUGGUUCCGUACUCUCGACACUUGCUUUACCAUUGGACAAAGUGUUAUUGACUUGGGAGAUCUUUGGCCAUGGUAUUAAAAAGAGGGGGCUUUAUUAUUUGGAUGACGUGGAAACUAGUCGGGUUCUUCAUGCUGGAAACGUCAAAACUUCUCAGCAUCGUCAAAUUUAG